AUGCUCAAGCGCCCGGUCUCCAGGCCUUCUGGAUAUCCCACCAGUGCCAACGUCAACGCGAGCCAGACGCUUGCCACGGCCAAGGUAGAGAGGUUCGACGAGGACGUCCAGCCGGCGCCUGACGACAAGCCCCCGACCUUUGAGCCGCUGGUGGUCACGGCGUCGUCGGGGGACUUCGUCACGGUGCACGAUUUCGUCUCGGCGGUACAUCCGUGGCUGACGGCGCGACGGGACCUGAUCCUGAGGGCAAAAAAUGUCUACAACGACACCUACCUACCGGGCCCCAAUGAGAAGUUGAUUGUCUCGGCAGGCUAUCCGGAGGUGGUUGUGGCCAAUUACGAGCAGGAGUAG